AGGCUCACUCACAAGCAAACUAAACACAGCUCUGCUUCUUUUCUCGUCCCAUUAUUUUUCCAAAGACCAAAAAUGGAGGUAACCAUGUCAAUAGGCUCCUUGUCUCGGCCUCCUCUCUCAAAUCCCUUGAAAACCCACGAAGAUCUCUCCAUCCUCAGGCCCUCGUCCUUCGUUCCUAGGACCGGAGGAGCCGUUCCCCGUGAGAAAAUGGCGAAGAGGCCGGCGAUGGUGGUGGAGGCCAAGGGAAAGAAAGGCUGCAGUUCUCGUCAGUUUCGGCGGCGGCAGCCGCCGCCGCUUCCGAGAUUCGGGACCGAUGGCAACCCCAAAUUCGUCAUCUUUAUUCGAACCGCCAAUGUGUAUCUUUGGUAUCCACUGAGUCUGAUAACUGGCGGCACAACUGCGAAGAUCAUGGUUGCCGCGAAAGACAAUUUUCUUGGAAAAUAUAUAUACAAAGACACAAUUGCCAGGAACCUUGCAGCUGUUAUCUACAGAGAUGAAAAGGAGAUACAGAAGUCAGCAAUGAAGCAAUAUCGAGUAUUGCGGUCAGCUAAGGGAUUUAAAUAUGGCUACAAACUUGUUGAAAACAACAAUGUGAGAUCAGCACUCUCGCCAACUGAUGUUAUUGAGCUUCCUCCUCAAGAAGAGCUAAAAACUGUUCUUGAUAAAGUGAAGGACUUCUUCGGUGAAGCCAAAGAAUCAUUUGGAAAGAUCACGGAACUGAAUACAGUGGGAACUGAGGGAUCGGUAGAAACUAAAUCUGAGGUUAAAAGCUGAUGACGGAGAUUUAAGGACAUUAAGCUGAACAUGGUUCUUGAGCAUGUUUUCUGCAUUAUAUUUUGAUGGUCCCUUGAGAUUUGUAAGUGAUACAACCAAACAGGUGUAAAUUUUUGUCUAUAUUAACCACCUGAAUGAAACUGUUGGUUAUUUCUUUUUUAUCUAUAUAAUCCCUUUCUUAUUGCCUCU